GUGACAGAAUAGAAAGAUAGCUCAUCUUCACCUUUGUCAACAUUUUCUGCCACCGAAUAUCACACAUCUCUAACAUCUGCAUUUCCUCUUACAUGUUUUAUCUUUUGUUAAUCUUUGUGCUGUUCUCAUCACUACCACACAAAAACUUCAAUUCGCUGUCUCUGCAUUUCGUUCUUAUUCUAUGUUCCUAACUCCCUGAAAUUGCUUCUAGAUUGAAGCUUUUUGUUACACUAUACCUCAAACAAAACCUUUUUGUCGUGUUCCCACUUUCUCCUCAUUGGUGGUUCAACUCAAUUCAAUUCCUUUUUGCCACUUAACAAAGAACCUUUUUUUUUUUUUUUUUUAAGGUUAAUCUGGAUCUUUCUGCACCAACCAACCACUCAGCAUAGCACCAUUCUGAACCCAUUUAGUGAUAAAGUUAAGGUUGUUCUAGGAUGCAAGAUCCGACAGCAUUUCAAGGUUUGAAGCACCCUCAGUUUCCCGAACAAGAACAACUCAAAUGCCCGCGUUGUGACUCCACGAACACCAAGUUCUGCUACUACAACAACUACAACCUCUCUCAGCCGCGUCACUUUUGCAAGAACUGCAGAAGGUACUGGACAAAGGGUGGUGCUUUGAGAAACAUCCCUGUUGGGGGUGGAAGCAGAAAGAGCACAAAACGUUCUUCAACCUCAAAACGGUCCUCUGCGCCGACUUCUUCUGCUGUUUCUGAGGCUGACCCGACCCGGAUUUGCACCAACCCGGUUGAGCAAGACAGUGGGGCGCUCAACAUUGGUGGCACCUUCAGUUCCCUGUUGGCUUCAUCUGGCCACUUUGGAACCCUCUUGGAGGGUCUGAAUCCAACUGGGUCAGGUCUCAAAAUGGGUGAAUUUGGGCAGGGUGUGAGUUCUGACCUGGGUUUGAAUUCGGAUUCGGGUUCAAACCCGGGUUUGCAGCUUCAGAGUAAUGGGAGUUCAGAUGGUUUUCUGGGUAUGCAGAAUGGGGAAUCAACCUGUUGGAAUGGUGGUCAUGGUUGGUCUGAUCUUGCAAUAUACACACCUCGCCCGAGUUUUCAAUAGAAGUUGCUGAAAAAACAAAUAGUUUUUAGUUUAUGAAUUUCUCUAUGAACAGUUGUAGGAAGAAAGAAAAUAAAAUGAUAAGGUAAAUUGAGUUUCUCAAAUUACGGAUCUCGUCUUUCAGAGAAGUUCAAAAUUAAGUUUCUGCUAAUCUCACCUCAUAAGGGAAACUUAAUUUAUUUUACAUUUUAGUUUUCUUCUGCUACAAGUUUUAUAGAGAAGUUUAUGAAUUACAGUGAUUGUUCUUAUAUAUAAUAUCAAUAUACUCAGAUACCAUGGUUGUGUAAAGAGUUACAUAGUUUCAUCAAGCCUAUCGGGAGCGUGCUAUGGAGGAACAUACUCAUACAUACAUAAACCAGAAGGUCACUGAAGCAGCAUCCUUUAGGUAAAGGCAUCCUUUUUCUUUGUCAAUUUAUCAUAUAUGGUAGUGAUUGGUUUUCUUCAAAUCCACCAAUGGUGAAAAUCACAAAAGAGAGAGAAAAAGUUCUUUUUUUUUGGAUAUGUGAGAGACAAUGUUGUGGUGACAGUGUUGAUCAGAUGUAAUUUGAUACAUGUUUUUGGGAUAGCUAUUGAAGAUAUAUGAAAGUUUUCAUGUGUUGUUGU